AUGGAAAAAGAUUUAGAAACCAAACAGUAUAGCAGUUUAGAUAAAGAACUAACACCCAAACAUCACCAAAUUCAAGUUUCAGAACAACCAAAGCCCAAACCUAAACUAACUCUACCACCAGUUUUUGAAAAACCACCACAACCAGAACAAAUUCCUGUACCAACACCAGUAUUUAUUCGUCAAACUGUACCAGUUGCAAAACCAGAGUUAUCACUAAAAUCAUCACUAAAACUCAAAGCUAGAAUCGAAGAGUUGGAAAAACUUUUACAAGAAGAAAUUGAUAAAAACAAAGCAUUAACAUUGAAACUCUAA